AUGAGAGACGUAUUCAGAGGUCUUUUUGUCUGUGAUUUGUGUCUUGAGGUUUGUGUCCGUUACUUUAAUUUACUUUUUUCUUAUUAUGAACCUCUCUUGUUUUACUCAUGUCCCCACUACUAGUGAUCAACUAAAAACUUGUCUCCUUGUUACCUUUAUCUCUAUACGCAUUUGCCCCACCCUAAUCAUAUGAUCAUAUGUAUCUGUGCAUUUAUUACAGUGUAUUGUUCUUUAGCUAACAAUACAAAAUUGACAAGGUUUCUUAACCUGUUCACUCAAUCAAGAAGCCAAAGUCAAAAUUAUAAAAAGAAAACAAACUUUUAUUUUGCAAAAUUUUAAAAAGGCAAACAGUACCUCGUGUAAGUACUGCCUUUCGAGGUUUCAUUUAGAUGGUCAUACCAUAGGAUUUCGUCCACAGUCUCAAACGUUAGGACUACAUACUAAAUAAAUAGUACCGUGUAAAAGUACUACUGAAGAAGUUUAAUUGAAAUGGUCAUACCAUAGGAUUUCGUCUGCAGUCUCAAAAGUUAAGACUACAUACUAAGCACCUUGAGAACAGCACCAUGAGAAAGUAGUGGGGGGAAGGAUUCAUUUGAAUGGUCACACCAUAAGAUUUCAUCCACAGAUUCAAACGUUAGAACUAGAUAGUAAAUAAAUAGUACCAUGUGAAAGAACUGCUGACGAGGUUUCAUUUGUAUGGUAACACCAUAGGAUUUCAUCCACAGGCACAAAAGUUAGAACUACAUACUAAAUAAAUAGUACCAUGUGAAAGUACUGCUCAAGAGGUUUCAUUUGAAUGGUAACACCAUAGGAUUUCGUCCACAGACUCAAAAGUUAGAAUUACAUACUAAAUAAAUAGUACCAUGUGAAAGAACUGCCGAAGAGGUUUGAUUUGAAUGGUAACACCAUAGGAUUUCAUCCACAGAAUCAAACGUUAGAACUACGUACUAAAUAAAUAGUACCAUGUGAAAGUACUGCUGAAGAGGUUUCAUUUGAAUGGUAACACCAUAGGAUUUCAUCCACAGAAUCAAACGUUAGAACUACGUACUAAAUAAAUAGUACCAUGUGAAAGUACUGCUGAAGAGGUUUCAUUUGAAUGGUAACACCAUAAGAUUUCAUCCACAGAAUCAAACGUUAGAACUACAUAGUAAAUAAAUAGUACCGUGUGAAAGAACUACUGAAGAGGUUUCAUUUGGAUAGCAACACCAUAAGAUUUCAUCCACAGACUCAAAGGUUAAAACUACCUCACAAGUGUCCAUCGUUAGCUCUGGGAGUGAAAGUAUUUCCUUUGGCCCCAGUACCUUCAGACUUGGUCCUGCCAUUGCGACGUUUUCUAAGAAAAAACAGACUAACCACAGUCCCUUUUUUUUUCGUAAGAUCGUCGACAUCGUGCGCUUACCGUUACGGACGGCAAUCUUCGUUUCAAAUGUACUGAGAGAGUGGGCCCCGGGGUUCAUGGCGGUUGGGGGAAGGGACCAUCCCCCGCCCGUUCCCCCUAAGUAGAUCUGAUACACAUUCCCAGGCUACACUCGGUACAUUUGAAGCCAAGAUGGCCGCCCGUAAGGGAAGGUGCUUGAUUCCAGUGUUCUCCCUAGGUACUUAAGGCUAGGCGGACCGCCUGGCUUAAUUCACUGGAACGUUGUUGCCGCCCUGCUUAAAAACCAAAGAUUCAACCGGGCGGAAGCUUAUGUUGACAUUUAGAGCUAGGUAUGUUAAAGACAAAAUCACUCAAAAGAGGGAAUAAACCAUUGUCUGGUGUCUUCAUUUGUGUAUUUUCUCGCAACAUAUUGGUUAUAAAAGUGGUUUAUCGUUGGAUGAAAAUGUUGAAACCUGCAGCGAUGCAUUCAUUUUGUUGAAUGGCCCUUUAAGGAGCUUUAAACAUAGAGUACUAAAGGAAAUUAUUUCGCUCGCAGUCAACCCAAGACGCGCGGAACAAAGACGAAAACCUUGUCAUAGCAAAUCGAGAUCUUUUUUUACAACUUAAACGAAGUUCCCAAGACGAUAAAUUUUUAUUCAGGCUACAACAGGCUUCGUAUAAACACCGUUAAAAAUCACAGUCAAGAUACCCGCUGGCCUUCCCAAGAUCCUAGGGAGAACACUGGAUUCCGACGAUAUUACGAGAAAAAUCAUAGGGCACUGUGAACAGUUUAGGAAAAAAAUUUCACUCCACUUUGUCUCACUUCACCUUGGUAUAAUAAAUGUGUACCGGGGAAAUACACCUGGGAUAACCCCACUAUGGAGUAACAUGUCAUCCAGGGAGACUAGCAAUGCUUCUAGGUGCUGUAUUCUACCAAACCUUGGAAAGCCCUGCCUCUGUGAACCAUUUUAGCCCGUCUGUGCUUCAUCUUCUUUUGAUCUCACAAACCCUAUCAUCUCUAACGGUGACGCGAUUAAGAGACUUGACUAAAUGUGUUUUCUUUUAUGUUUUGCAGUAUAUAUCUUUAUCAAAGCGACUUGCACCAGAAGCUAUUAAUUUCUUAUGUGGUAUUCUAUUUCUGGGAUCCAGCAAAGAAGGCCGCACUCGUAAGUAACCAAAAACUUACGCAGCGGGAAUGUAGUUCCUGUAAGCUUUGUUAUUCUUACCGUCUGAAAAUGAGGGUAAGGUGAGCAACCACUCUCCCUUUUUGGUUUAUUCAACGUUUUUUUGCUUUGUCCUUCAAGUUGAUAAGGCAUACUGUCUUUCCAUAGGCAGUCAGGUAUAUAAUGUAAAAACAACUGUUAUCGAUGAAGCGCUAUCUAGUUAGUCAGACGGUCGGUCACGUACAGGAGGCAGUCAGUUUGUCUGUUAGCUACAGUACUCAGCCAUGGGGAAUGACAGACAGCCAGUUUUGUAAAUAAAUCAAUUAAUGUUGUCUUCGUUUCUCUUUAAAUAGUAGCUUCAACCAAUUCGCCACUUUAGAAACAAGAAGGGAACUGAAGCCGAAAUACGUCCCGCAAUUGUGUCUGGGAUGGUUACUGGGGAGGCGCCGGUCAGCUACUGGCCAGUUUUUUUUAAACCUGUGCUUAGUAACAGUCCCAGACUGAAAAGUCCCAGAAGUCUUUGUGAAAGUUAACUCAUCCCAGUUUCCUUUCUCGUUUCUAAAGUGGCGAGUCCAUAGCUGUAAUGCAAGCUUCCUUUCAAACUUCUUGAAAUUAUUCGCUUAUACCUUCAAGAGUAACCAACCAUUCUGUUUUACAGCUCAACUCGUACUACCGUUUAAAGAGAGUACUAAAUGGCGUGAUCUUCUCAAACUUCAGUCAGAUGCCAGGUUAGUAAAGCAUCUCCCAGGCUUUUGUUCGUCCAUUGAAAUGAUUGCCGAAUUUAAAGGGGUUACGUCAAGCUAUUUGCGAUAUUUUUAAAAAGCUAAAAGGUGUCUUCGCAUCGAUUGAAUUCCAAAAAAAUGUCCCACCUUAGUCAUUGAAGACUAUAUUUAGGCAUUGAAACUGUUUCCUGUCGUCCGUUGCUACGGAUGGCAAGGAUGGGCCAGUACUGUUGUGAGGUUCAAGAUUUAUCACAGACUUUUAGAUUCUAAGACUAGGACGACUACGAAAACGAUCAAUACUAAGUAUAGGUUCAGUCUCCAACCUUUGGUGUCUCUAUGCGCCCGCGGUAUUCCCGCGGGAGGGAAGUAACGCGGGCGCAUCAAGACACCNCUGUUUUACAGCUCAACUCGUACUACCGUUUAAAGAGAGUACUAAAUGGCGUGAUCUUCUCAAACUUCAGUCAGAUGCCAGGUUAGUAAAGCAUCUCCCAGGCUUUUGUUCGUCCAUUGAAAUGAUUGCCGAAUUUAAAGGGGUUACGUCAAGCUAUUUGCGAUAUUUUUAAAAAGCUAAAAGGUGUCUUCGCAUCGAUUGAAUUCCAAAAAAAUGUCCCACCUUAGUCAUUGAAGACUAUAUUUAGGCAUUGAAACUGUUUCCUGUCGUCCGUUGCUACGGAUGGCAAGGAUGGGCCAGUACUGUUGUGAGGUUCAAGAUUUAUCACAGACUUUUAGAUUCUAAGACUAGGACGACUACGAAAACGAUCAAUACUAAGUAUAGGUUCAGUCUCCAACCUUUGGUGUCUCUAUGCGCCCGCGGUAUUCCCGCGGGAGGGAAGUAACGCGGGCGCAUCAAGACACCCAAGGCUGGAGAUUGAGCCUAGACCAAGAGGUGUGCGCGCAUAUGAACCAGCGUCAUUUUGGCGGGAAAUAGUCGUCGUCAUUCUACUACGGGUUUUAGGGAAAAUGUCUUAGUUGCGGAAUCAAGUUAUCAAGUGUUAGAAGUUUCGUCAUUUUGGUAGCGGAAGAGGGCUUGACCUCCUUUAGUAAAGAUAACAGAGCUAGCUUUUUGGUGAAGAAUAAGUAAAGUGAAGCUUUCUGGGGUGUCUCCUUCUUGACAAAAAUACGCGAAAAAAGUUGAAGGCAAAUCUCGUAAUCGUAGUCGUUCUCGUCCUCGAAUCCAAAGGUACGUCUCUAUGACGAAGUUGCACAGGAAAGUGGGUCAAUUUUCCUUUUGCGAAACAGUCCCAUAGUACAUUUCGAUACAACAUCGACCCCACUAAAAUGGCUACUACUGUUGUGGGAUUCAAGAUUUAUCAGAGACGUUUCUACGAUUCUAAGACGAGGACUACUGAGAGAACGAGAUUUUCUCAAUACUAAGUAGUGCGCGCGCGUGAACCAUCGUUAUUUUGGCCGAGAUUUAGGGAAACAAGUUAUCAAAUGUUAAAAAUUUUAUCAUUUUGCGACCGAGAGGAGGGUGUAACCUCCUUCAAUAAAAACAACCGUGUUAACUUUUAUGUGAAAAAAAAAAAAAAAUUCAAUGAAGCUUUCCGGGGUGUCUAUUUUUUGAGAAUAGGCGAAAAAACCUUGAGUCAAAUGUCGUCUUCUUAUUUAAAGAUCUCUAUUUUGGCGCCGCCAAUCUGUAGACUCUUUGUAAUUAGUUGGGAUUGCUUCUUUUUCCCUGACCGACUGUCUACCAGACACCGUCAUCUUGAAAAUGAAAGCAUGUAUAUGUAUGCUUCCUUUUUGUAUAUCACGUGUCCUUCCUAGGUCUCUUACGUUGAGAUCAAACUUAUUUAUUCCAGCUUUUCUUCCGCAACCAUCCUCUCGGUAGCACGAGGGACGUUUUAGUGGAGUCUGAAACAAUCGCCAUCGUGUUGCUCGUUAACACAUGGGCUAGUAAACCGUUCUACGCGCCACAAAUUCUCCUCCAUGCCAGCGAUGAUUCCUGGGCAGAAUCAUUGGUGAUAUGGACAACGUAAUGUUCUUAUACGUGUUGUAACAUCUUUAUCAAUAUAAUGUUAUUAUGCUACCAUGUAAUGUUAUUAUAGUUUAGUGAAUAAAACGUUUUAACGAUUUGAUAACGGCUGUCAUCAAACAAAUUGCAAAGGUUUCUUUAUCUUUUAGCUCCUUGGUUGUGAAACCUUUACCAAUAACAAAGACCCUUGGAGAGGUCUCAGAAGCUGAACUGACAACAGAUGAAGUCAGGUAAAGUAAAGACAAGUCCACAAGAUAGCAUUUUAACUAAAUAUUUUAGUUGCCAGAAGCCUUCCAUACAAUUGUUGCAUGACAUUUCAGUUAUUAAACACGUCCUCUUAGACCAGCUUUAAGUACACACAACUAACGUUCCGAACCGUAUUUUUUUUAAUAAUAAGGACCUUAAGAUCCGAGGACGGCGACGGCAGAGAAAACGUCGCUCAAAAAGUGAAAUUCGCGUUCUUUCAAUCUUCAUCGCGAUUACUCCUAAAGUUGAAUUCCUAAGAACCAUAUUCAAGUUCAGAAAGAUAGAGGAAAGUUCGUCGUCGCUUGUGUACUUCCUCUGUACAUCGUGAAAUGAGGCAUUUUCACGUCGUAGUCGUGCAGUGACGACAAAGAAAUGUACAAAAAAGCGUGAUGCACGUGCAAAAUUGUUGUUUUGCUAAUUAAACCUAUUGCUUUUGUGGCGUUCCCGUUGCCGUCGCCGUUGUCGGAUCUUAAGGUCCCUAAUAAGGUAUGGAAGUAUAGCGGCUUUCGAAUCUUACGUAGUUUUUGGCCAUGUUCCACUAUACCGAAUACCUUUUGCGCCGCCCCGAAAAUCAUACCAGUAGGGAUUCUGUUCACACAUAAGAACGGUGAUUUUGGCGCGAUUUCUGUGACGGAGCGAGGCUGCGCCCCGCCGAUCUAGAAAGUGGUGCGUCUCAUAUCGGAUAGGUAUUGUGCCAUUCUUUAAUGCUGUACGAAGACCUAUCGGCCCGUCGCGGAAGUAAAUAAGUAGGAGCGAGGACUGGAACCCACUAAGACGGAAGUAUAUUCAGGAGUGAGGACUGGGAUUUAAGUUCAACAAACCCUCUCGGCCAACCGCGCCGGCACGAUGGCAAUGAGUCUGAACGAUUUGUGCCGCCAAAAACUAUACCAGAUUAUUUUUCAUGUCGGCACGAAAAGCAAUCUCGUAUAGUGUGAGCAUAGCCUGUAGUUUUUCUUCGGCACGUAACUAUUAUCGCGGCAAAGGCUGUCGCACUAUCCGACACGGAAUUCAGAAUGAUAUCUUUUGACUGGUAGAAUUUUUGUUUUGUUUUUCUACCCAAGUACGCCGUUUGAAUCAGUGGCGUGCUUCCAAAGUUGCGCCAAAAUAGCCCCAAAGUCGAACUUUAUCAAUGUUCGGCAAAUGAGCUGUAUGGCGAUCAAGCCGAUGCUUACUUGCUACUUGUAUUAAUUUCAGGAUUUCCGCGUUAAAUCAUUGCCUGUCUGCCUUGAACAAAUUUGUCGACAUGUACCAAGACCUCCCCGCAAGUGUAGAGAUAUUUGCGCCAGUUAAAGAACACCUGCAGAGGUACGUAAUGCAUUGUCAAUUCAAAAACCAGAAGUUUUUCAUCGGAGAUUCACACAUGAUUUUCUUUUCUCUUUAACCUUUAAUGAAUGAUUUUGUUACUGGUUUCGUUUAGAGUCCUGAAUUCCUGAACAAGUCUUGAAAUUUGUAAACCAAUUUCAAAGAUCUGGAAAAUGGGUAAAAAUAGAAAUAACGUCUGGAAAAAGUGCAAAAAUUCUGCAAUUUUUUUCCAGAGCUACAACAAGUGCUUCAUAAUAAGUGAAUUUUUCCUCGUGGUCGAAUCUUGCCCGCAGCCAAGACAUUCAAUCAUAGACUGAGAACAUUCAGAACUCUCUUGUAUCCGCAUUGCACAGUGGUAACUGUACUUUUGUAGUUCAUCAUGGAAAAAGCUUAAGUUUCCUGCCUUUUUCCAGUUCUCUAUUGGCUCUAUUGGUCACCUAUUUGAUAUCCUUGAGUCCGGAAAAAAGAAAUGAUUGUUUUGGAAAUGGAAAAAGUCUUCAAUUGUGGAUCCAAAAAGCCUAUACGAACCCUGUUGUAAAGUGGUCUCUUAAGGUUGUUUUAUUUGCUGUUUUAUUUUGCAGAAUACCCGUGAACCUUUAUCCUUCCCCAUUUAAGGUAACGUUUCCUUUCACAGCUUCAAUUGGGGAUACUAAAACGACCGUGACGAUGGAAAUGAAAACGUCAACUGUAAAAACAGGGCACGCAUACUCCAGCACACCCAAUAUGGAGUUUAAGCAAUCUUGACAAAUACGGGAACGAGAACGUCAAAAACAAUUGCUUUUAUAGGCAAAAAAAACUCUGCGCGGACAUCACACUUUUACACUGUUUGAAAAACGAGCGGGUGUGUAUUUCGCCUCGAGUUUUUAAACCUGAUAAUACACGACUGCGAGUUUUUUGCACGGCCUUAAAAUCUUUGAUAUAGAUCAACUCAUUCUUGCUGUAAUAUUUAGAUUUUAGAUUAUUUUGAUCUAAAAAAAAAUAGACGUACAGUUUAGCCGUGUCUCUAUCAGAUAUAAAGACACGUUAAACAUUAAUGUCUUUUGUUUUUUUCCGUAUAAAUUAUUAAUGAGUUUUUGAAGUAAAUUUCUUUAACUUCGACAGCCCAACUACAGGUGCGAAAGUUGCUAAUAUGACGUUUUAUGGGACGUGAAAACACGACGACAAAUUUUCCUUGCUCUUUUGAACUUGGCUGAGAAAGUGGCAUGGGAUUUUUUUAACCAAUCAGUGACGCACUGAUGCUUAGGCGUGGGAAAACACGUCGAGAAAGUAUCAUAUCUCUGAUAGGCUGAGAAAUCGCACGUGAUUUGUUAACCAAUCAGAGACACAGAAAUGCACGCGUGGGAUUGGCUGAGAAAAUGGCAUGAGAUUUCUCAACCAGUCAACGAUGCAGGACUGUAACUAUUUUUGACACUUAUUGAAAUUGCUACUGAGGUGUCCAGGUCACUUCUCUAACUUUUUUAUUUCUUUAAAACAGGAGCUUCACGGCACCCUUUUGUCAAGACUAAACGAUAUUUACAACGCGAGCUUGAGCAGAAAGCAUUUGACCUUACAAGCGCGUAAGCCAGAAGCUAUCAAGACUUUCGAACCGAAGUUCGAGGAACAGUAAGUCGGGAUAUUCUUUAUCGGGCUUUCGCAUGCGUUCUUGUUUCGCUAGCGUGCACCGCAGACUUACUCUAAUAGCGCCUAGUGACGUCACCCAACGGACCCAACUAGUUACCGGAAAUGCACUUUGAAUUUCUCUUCAACCUGAUUGACAAAUCGACAAUGGCUUUUUUAACAGGCCAAUCACGGCGCGUACUCAAAUCCUGGUACACAGGUGGGGACCCUGAUCAAGGAUUUCGCCGCUGUUACGCAGACGGACUUAAUCAGAGGUUUAGUUCUGUCUGUGGCGCAGGCUGUUGUUGCUCUAACUUGGUAAAGGAGGUACCAGGCGAAACUUUACCUGCGGAGGGUGUUGGAUUAUUUUUGGGUGGAGCUAAGCUUUAAUUCGUGAGCAAGCGUUUGGCUCGGGACGUUAGAGUGUAGUAGAUAGUCUACGAGUGUGUAGUCCACUCCUCAGUGGACAACUGGGAAAAGCCUCGUCUAAAUCAACAAGCUAAUCGCAUUAACGAAACACUUACACUUUCGAGAUUGCUUUCAUUUACGUUUUUGUUAAAUUUAAUAGCAGUUGUUUUGAUUAUUUUAUUUUGCUAUGGUAACUGAUGAAGACGUGAUCGUUUUAAAAAUCGGUUGCGCCACAAAGGACAGCUAGUUGUCAACUAGCUGUGCAAAGGUUAAAUAAUUUCCUCUAAUAAACCAUUUGUUUUCGUCCGUUUUGAAGUUACGAAGUCCGAUCAAGACGCGGAGCAGGGAACAAGGCAUCAAACGAAAAACAGAAACUGAGAUACAAGUACAAGAAGGAGUUUAAGGUUGGACUAUAUUUUUCCUUUGGCUAUAAACUGGCGAAGAUACGAAAUUUCUUGUAGUAUAAAAUAUUUCUCCGCGCGAGAAGAGAAAUUUCGUACCUCCAAAGCUGUGAACAUUUUAACGUCAUUUCUGUGUCUAUACUAUAGUGCAGACCUGGGAGUUUUUUUUCUUUUUCUUUUUGUUUUAUUUAUUUAUUUAUCUUUCAAUAACAUUGAUAGUUUUUUACUAUCCAUGUCGGGUGAACUUUUUUAGAAAAUCGCGUUUGAAAGACAGAAAAGAAAAUUGCGCUAUUAUGACGUCAUUUCCAUGGUUUAAACUCUCCUGGACCAUAACCUUUGACCAAUCAGCGAGCGAGAAAUCCCUCAGUUAUUGUCAAAAUAAAAAAAAAAUCAGUAAUCGCUGAAUUGCUGUUAAGCGAGCGCGCUGAGAAAUAAUUUCCAAAUGUGGUGCUUAUUUAAAGAGGCCCUCUUUCCAGUAAAUAUGUCAGGAAUUCACUUUGGCCAACAAUUUUAUCCGAACAGUGUUUCUGUAGACGGUGACAAGGAAGCAAAUAAUAUAAUGGACUAAAAAACAUUGGUCUACAUUCAUUCAAUUUGAUUGUCUUUCCCAAAACUUUUAAACUCGAAAGUUUUCUCAACAAAAAUACUCUGUCCACGUAAGAGCAAAGCCAGUGUGCCGGUCAUAGGGUUUACACUUCUCAAUCAUAACCUUCGCAUCCUUCAAGGGAUGUCCCAUGUACGACAAUGUCGUUUUCAGUUUCUGUCUUCUUGUGACUCGCUAGGGUGCUAUACGAGAAAUAAGAAAAGACAACAAGUUCCUGGCCAAACAAAAACUGCAAGAACAGCUAGAAAAGUAAGUGAAAAGUAGAGAAGUCAGGCAAGUAUUGAAAUAGAACGGGAGUUUAAGGAAUGCUGGUUGAUUGUGUCUGAAAAAGAAUGACAUAACCUCAAUCCUUUUGAAUCCAUUCUUCUUUUUAUUUCUACUUUAUUAUCACAUGCAAUUAAAUACUGUCUUUUUUAUUUUCUAGGGACGCAGAGCGAAUGCGUAAGGUGAAAGAAAUAGAGCACAUGCUAUCUAACCAGCAAGCGGAAACUAACGCAAUGAACCGCAAAAAAAGAAAAUUGGGCAAAUAG